AUCGCUCAAAGUGUGCUUAGAAGUUAGCAAAUACAGUUGGCUACUUACUUUGGUUUUCAAGCCAUUUCCAACGUCUCUCUUUGUAAACUCCGCUAACCUACUCACUCGGUGGGUGUUAUAACAGAGCACACAGCACAAAGAUCGCAUGCGCACCCUUCUUCACCACCCUCUUAUCCUACUCACACCCGUUUCCUCUCGUUCAAGCUCAUCAUUAUCACCAUUGAUCAUGGCUUCCUGUUCUUCUCUCGCUCUCCCUUCCGCUUCUCUCAGAGCCCUCUCUUUCGCCUCCUCUGAUUCUUUCAAUAAGAAUGGAAUUCGAGCAUUUGGUAUUAAAAAUUUGGGUCGAUCUAAGGUAUUUAUGAGUGUAUCUGUUGGAUCUCAAACAAUUGGCGUUGUUGAUGAUGAUGCCUUGUUCAAGGAUUACAAGCCCAAUUAUGCUUUUUUGUUUCCCGGUCAGGGUGCACAAGCGGUUGGCAUGGGAAAGGAUGCUCAAAGUGUGCCAGCUGCAGUAAACUUGUUCAAGAAAGCGAAUGAUAUACUAGGGUAUGAUCUUUUAGAGCUCUGCACCAGUGGUCCAAAAGAGAAGCUGGAUUCAACUUUGAUCAGCCAGCCUGCAAUUUAUGUCACAAGUCUAGCUGCAGUUGAAGUUCUCCACGCUCGUGAUGGAGGCCAAGAGAUAAUUGAUUCAGUUGAUGUCACAUGUGGUCUCAGCUUGGGAGAAUAUACUGCUCUAGCAUUUGCUGGAGCUUUCAGCUUUGAAGACGGACUCAAGUUGGUCAAACUGAGAGGUCAAGCUAUGCAGGAAGCUGCUGAUGCUGCAAAAAGUGCUAUGGUCAGUGUCAUAGGAUUGGACUCCGAGAAAGUUCAACAGUUGUGUGAUGCAGCAAAUGAAGAAGUUGAUGAAGCUAAUAGAGUUCAGAUUGCUAAUUACCUAUGUCCUGGGAAUUAUGCUGUAUCUGGAGGUGUGAAGGGGGUGGAAGCAGUAGAAGCCAAGGCAAAGUCAUUUAAAGCUCGAAUGACGGUGCGGCUUGCUGUUGCUGGUGCUUUUCAUACAAGUUUCAUGGAACCAGCCGUAUCAAGAUUGGAAGCAGCAUUGGCAGCAACAGCAUUAAUGCCUCCAAGAAUACCAGUUAUAUCCAAUGUUGAUGCUCAGCCACAUUCAGAUCCUGCCACAAUCAAGAAGAUAUUGGCACGCCAAGUGAUUUCUCCUGUUCAAUGGGAAACAACAGUGAAGACUCUUCUAACUAAAGGGCUGAAGAAGGGUUAUGAAUUAGGACCUGGAAAGGUAAUUGCUGGCAUUGUUAAGAGAAUGGACAAGGGUGCUGACAUUGAGAACGUAGGUGCUUGAGUGGAUAACCUGAUGUGUGUCUCAAGUGGUUCCUAAUCAGUGUACUAAUGUAGCUGUAGCACUGGGCGCAGAGAGCUCUCGUUUACUCAUUCCAUUAGUUCCAGGAAAGAAUGACAUUCAGAGGUUAAACUUUCCUGCAAAAACCAGGAAACAACCAGUUUGCACCUUGUCCUCAAAUAUUUUUGAACUUCAGUUUUGAUUUGAGAUUAGCAUGUAUUAGAGACUUGUUAGUUGAGAUCACUCUGCCAUGUGAAAUAAUAGAUGGCUAGUUAUAAAUCCAUUUUGGAUCGA